CUCCUUGAAGUAUACACAGGAAUCUAUGCAUGAUUGCGUUUUCCAGCACUGGCAAUAUUUAUUAUUAACCGUUAAGAGUGUUGCCAACAGCAAAACCAAAUGCGAUUUGCGGCUGCGCCAAAAAUUUUGCAGUUUUUCGAGCUGCUGUUGCCUGCGCUCGUCUCUCUUCGACUGGCAAAACAACAAAAGCGAAAUCAAUAAAAACAUAAAAUUAGUACGCAAAGAGCAUGCAACAACAGCAACAGCAGCAACAACAACAACAACAACAACAAUUGGCACAACAGCGUUUGGCGUGAAGCACAAUUAAGCAGCAGGAAACGCGAAGCUCAACAGCAAAAGUGUCCCGUUGUGUCCUUGCUUCCCGUUAUAGAUUCGCAACAUUUACAGUUACACACACAAAAAAAAAAAAAAAAACAAAAAAAAAUAAAAAUAGAAACCAGAGAGCGCAAAGCAAACAAGAAAAACAACAACAAAACAAGUCUCAAAGUAAGUUAGAAGAGCAUCAGAACAAAAUUAAAAUGUACAAAACAAUUAGGCACGGCGAGAACAGUUUGCAAUAUACAAUUUUGCCGCAAAACGACGAUUUUCGGAUUGAGGGCAAACUGACAAACGCCAGCUGCAGCUUGGCAGCAAACGCUACCGCAUCCGUGUCGAAUACGUCCGUUACGUCCAGCACGGCCGGGCCGGGCGGCAAGCGCAGCGCGUCGACAUCGCCGCGCAGACGUCGCACAUUCUUUGCAUAUCUGGGCCUGAUCUUUGUCUGUACGGUUAUCAUUGGCGCCGUGCUAAUACCGUUUCUGGUUUCCGCCGAGUGCUUGCCCAGCCCAGCCGAAUGGUUCCUCAAAACGAAGGCGGCGUUCACGCACAGUGGCGAGCGACAGUUGCCGCAUAUUGCAGACGGAAAAGCAGCAACAGCUGCGGCUCCAGCACCAGCUCCGCCAGUGGCGGCCAUUUUGGGCCAGAAUGUUGGCAAAACUGUGCAGAUUGUCAAGCACGAUGGCAUUGAGCAGUUUGUCUUAAAGCUGGACAAAACUGCGACAACAACAACAACAACAACAAUCGCAACAACAACAACAACAACACCUGGCAUGCAGACAACUGAACAACAGCUUUUGGCUAGCACCGUACGAUCAGCCUUGCCGGCAGCAACAUAUUCAACACUGGCAACAGUGCCACCACCAACAACGCCACCACCGCCGCCACCGCCGCCGCCGUCCCACCGCUUAGCAAUCGCCGCCGCAACCAUAACCACGCGCAUUAUACAAGUACCGCUGCUCAAAUCGGCAGCCAAGAAGCCCAUCAUGCCGCCCGUGCUGGCCAAGACCCAGAGCACACAGCUGCAACAGCAGCAGCAACAGCAACAACAAUUGCCUGGAAACGAGGCUGUGGAGCAGAACAGAAGCAACAGCGCUUGGAUGAACACACGCUGGGCGUACAUAGAUCCAUCCACCUACGUCCAGUGGUCGGGCUACAAGGCUGAGGAUAGCGUGCUGUUGCCCGCAUUGCUUGGAUUUGCACUUAUUGGCAUGAUUUUAAUUAUAACGGUCUGCCUGGUGGCACGCAACAAGCGCACCAUUGUGUCCUCGGUGCGCAAGCGGAAUCGUAACGAUAUUGAAGAGCAAGGCGCCGAAGAUAAUGCCACACUGCUAACAACAACAAAUCUGUCCGACGAUGAUUAAUUUAACUGUAUAUUAAAAAAAGAAAAGCAUCAAGUUAAAAUACACAUUUUCAUUCGUACGUGUGCCCCUUUA